UAGUUCGUCCGCCCUCUCUUCAUGCCCGCCUCCCCAAACCCUCUUCCCCUCUUGGGGAUACCCUCAACGGUCCACGACAACCCUCUCAGAACCCUCAUCCCCUCCGCCGUCGUGGCAGCUGCUCUCGUCCUCUCAAGCCAGCCCUCGCCGCCGCCUCCAUCUCUCAGUCUGAGACCCUCCCGGAAUCCCUCACCGUCGAUGAGAAAGCCUGCACACUCGAAGACCACCUCACCUUUGAUCCAGACGGCAUCAAGGCACUGCGAUCGCUACUUGAGCUCAAAGUGAAGACCAAUCUACUCCACUACGCUAUCGCCUAUCGCCAUCAUCGAACGCCUCAUUGCUCUGGAACCUGACGGGAUUUUUUUUCUAGGGAAUGGCAGUGGUUGCGGAGAGUGCGAUCAGGUCCGAUGAUCAGCUUUCUGGCACCGGUGUCGGACGGGAUCAAGAGUUUCAGAGUCAUGUGAAGAAGUUGGUUGACUUGCUGUCUAAGUUGAAUCCAUCGGCAAAGGAGUUUGUGCCAUCGUCGCGUGCUGGUGUCUUGGCAGCGGAUGGGCGGCAAGCCGGUGGUCACCGGCUAUCGGCGGACGCUCCCGUUUUCGUUUCAUCGGUGGUCGGCGGAGUAUCACGGUAAUUGCAGUAGUUGCGGUGAUGGUAGUAUAAAGGAUUCUAGCAGUGAUGGGCCUUCUGGUAAUCAAAAUAAUCAACAGCAACGUCGAAGAAGGAAUGGGUAUAAUCAGGGGAGGAGGAUGAGUGAGAGAGCUCGGAGAGCUCAGAAGGAGGAGAGUAUUAGGAGGACUUUAUAUGUUUCUGACAUUGAUCACCAUGUCACUGAAGAGCAUCUCGCUGAAUUGUUUUGUUAUUGUGGAAAAGUGUGCACUGGAGCUAAGACUAAGAGCGAAGAACAAUCGCUAUUAGCAUCAAGAAAGUAUGUUCGUAUUAUUCACAAGCUUGGAUUUGAUGAGUUCAAGGUUCAAAAUAUUGUCGUCACAUGUGACGUCCAGUUCCUGAUUAGACUUGAAGGCCUUGCUUGUUCCCACAAUCAUUUCUGCAGUGUAAUCACUACAACAAAUUUGGUGAUUAAUGGCGCACCAUUUAGUGUCACAAAAUGAGAAAUUCUCGUCAUUUAUAAUAUUUGAUGACAUUAAACACCCCGUCACAACGAUCA